UUUUUCUAUUCUUUUUUAUUAACAAAAAAAAAUAAUAUAAAAUAAAUAAAUCAAUAAUGGCUUGCCCUUGUACUAAAGAAAACUCUUGCUCUUGCACCACAACUGGACAAUGCAAAUGUGGUAACGACUGUGCUUGCCCUGAUUGUAAGGCUCAUCAUCAACCCAAACAUAAGGAUACAUGUGCUUGUAAAGGUAAAUCAAUUUAUAUCAAUUUGUAUAAAUCAUGUUAACAUACGCGAUAUUUCCUAUCCAUGGCCGUUAUUAGGUUCUGGUGAAGGUAUAUAAAUAUAUUUUUUAACAUUCUAUUUAAUCAAUUUUCUUUAUUUACUAAUAGGAUGUGAAUGUGGCUCUGAAUGUAAAUGCUAAAAUCAAAAGUUUAGUCUACUAAAAGGAAAAAAAAAAAAGGGAUUUUGCUUGAAUUCAUUUUAUCACACAUUUAUUGAAUAUCCACACUGAUUCCCCCUCUUUCUCCCUGAAAAAAAAAUAAAUAAUUAACUAAAAUUUAUCUUUUUUUUUCCUGAUAUUUAUCAUAACAAUCUUUUUCGUAUUUCUAACAUUUAUUUUAAAUAAAAGAUUAUAAACUAUGCAUAUUA